AUGGCUCGUGCUCCUGUAAGAUUAAAUGUUUACGAUAUGUACUGGUUAAAUGACUAUGCAUCAACUCUGGGAUUUGGAGUAUAUCAUACAGGCAUUGAGGUGUAUGAUAUUGAAUAUGGUUACGGUGGACAUCCUUUUGCAUUUUCUGGGAUUUUUGAAAAUUCCCCGAGAGAUGCUGAAGAGUUAGGAGAAAAUUUUAAAUUUAAAGAAAGCAUACUAAUUGGUGAGACCGAUUUCACAGAAACUGAUGUAAAGCACUUAAUACAGAUGAUGGGAAAUGAAUAUAGAGGCGAUAAAUAUCAUCUGAUUUCCAAAAAUUGCAAUCAUUUUACAUCAGUACUUGCAAAGACUUUGACUGGUAAGGAGAUACCAUCUUGGGUUAAUCGACUUGCCGCAUUAUCUAGCUCAAUACCAUUUCUGGAGCGUUUUUUACCACAAGAAUGGUUGACACCAAUGGCGUUGCAACAGAGUUUAGAGGAAAGGCGCAGAAGUGGAGAUUAUACUUCCGCAUGUAUAGAGCGUGAUCAGGAAGACUCUCAACAGUCAAGUACUCGCUCUAGUGAAAGACGUGCUAGCUUACCGAUUAGUGGUAGUAUUGGUAAGAUUUAG